CUAGGCUGCCUGAAGCAGCAGUAGAGAGGAGCACACAAGAUACAGUGCCCAUCUUUCACCUCACAGUUUAGAGCUUUCAGCCAUGACUUUGUACAAAACAGCCCUCUCCCGAUGGGUAAGCCUGUGAGCUGGAAGGCUUGGUUCGAGAAAGCCAUUUGCUUUGAAGUGGGCGAAGAACCACAGGGCAACAUCGGAGCAGUGUUAGAAACUGAGGUAUGAAAGCUAAGAGCUAAAUGGCACCUUAAACCAAGGUUAUCGGUGCAACAAGAGAAUGUUUUUUGAAUAACAAGAAUACAAAGCUGAAAAUGAAUGAACUGCAGCUAAAAUACUGUGUUCAUUUCUCACAUGAUCUAGCCCUUCCCCUGCCCAACCCCCUAAUAUUCUUAAGAGGGUCUCUUCUCCAGACUUCAAAAAGCAGCUGGCAGUGGGGAGGCAGAAAAAGGUCCUCCUUUCCUUCCACUCUGUAGUUUUAAUCUGAAAUCUUAGGUGCAGUCCUGCUCUCAGAGCUCAGAGAUGAGAUCUCCUGUCGCAUAAUGCACCUAGAACAAUGGGAGUUUCGAACACUGCAUCAGAGUUAUGGUGAGCACAGCACUCUGCCCUCAAACGUUGCAUUUUUGUGGCAUGCGUGUUAAGCAAAAUGCAUCACGGCACCAAGAUGAAAGAGGCCUUUUCAAUUUAUCCACAUUUUCAAUUACAUUUCUGAGUAGCAGGGACAUUCCAAUAGUAUAUAGCAUUGCACCAAAUACUGUAAUGACACCCAAACUGCAUUUGAGCCAUUAAAAAAAAUGUACCACUGAACUGCCAGUGCUUCUAAUUACAUCCUACCCUUUAAACAAAUGGCAGGUGGCCAAUGAAAUGCAAAUAUUCAAAAAAUGGAAUGUGUUCAGACAAAAGGGAUGAUUAAGCUGUGGUAGGACUUAUAGUUAUGUAAAUGAAGAUUUUUUUUCCCCUCUCCAACAAGUUGUUGAGUCAUCCCACAAAAUGGAAACAUUUGUCUGAAUGACUAAUUUGACAGGACUCACUUUGCUUAAUAUCAGAUCAUGCAUUUUUUGUAAUUAAAGUGUAGAAUUGUCAGGAACGGGGCCAGAGAGCCCAGAAUGCGGGCAGCCUCUCAGGAUCUUUGCAGAACGCCAGCCAGAAGAGAGAUUUGGCAGGUGCAGGAUGGAAUGAGGUCCAAGCAGAAGGCAAAGUAGGAGCUGGUCCAAGGCACAGAGGAAAGAGGAUCCGGUCCUGUAAUGUGAGGACAGAUUAUGCAGAAGGUAGAGAGACAACAAGAGAGGAUUGGAGCCCAGGGCAACAAACAGAAAAACAGUAAAAAAAACAACAACAACAACAACAGAAAUAUUUUAAGGACAUUAAGAAAAUCAGCUGGUUCCAAAAUGGUGAGGACAAAAGAAUGACAGAGGUUUGAAGGCAAGCAAAGACAAGGAGGAGGAGCUGCAUUCUUCCUACUUUCUUUUGCUGACCCUGAUGUGGGGCACUGGGUUCAAUGAUAUGCAUUUAGAUUUUAGGGCUGUCUGGCCAAUACCUGGGAGUCUGGUGGCCUCCCUCAGCAAAAUUGGGUCCAGAAUAUUGAAGUGCACCUGGUGUGGCAGGUGCUUGUCAUUUAUCUGGGAUGACCUGAUUCCUAGGACUAAGAAGAUUCUAGGCUUCAGUGAUGGUUUCAGGAACUGCUAGGAUUGUAACUAUAGGUUGUUUUGGACCUGUGUGUGGCUCCCCAUAUGGAAAGCCACAGAACUGAAGAUUGGAGCAGCAAUUGCCUCAACAGUUAUGACCUGCAAGCUGGCCAUGGGACCUUCCUGGGCAGGAAGGACUAUAAACAGGCUUGGUUGCCUGGGACCUAGGUCUUAUUUAGCUCUCCUGAGUGUACAUUGUUUUGCCCCUGACUUCUGGUUUGAUCUUCAACAGUGGCUCCUGCUUGUCCCACAACUUCAACUUACUCCUCAGCUCUGAUUCCUUUUGCUCUUCAUUGUUCACUCCCUUGCUAAACUCUUGCUUUCUAGCUCCUGAACUGUCUUGGACAACUGCCUAUAACCCAGCCAUGAUACGUGACUUUGAAUGACUAGCUGUCUCCUCCUCCAACCAUCCGCAUGGUGCAUGGAACCACUGCCUGACUCACAGGGCUUCUGGUUCAAGGGCUGUAGCAGAGGAAUCAAAAUUGAACUGGGAGCAGACAGAUAACUAAGGGAAGUAGGGAGAGCCCUAAUUGGACUUCAUGAAGAUGGUGUCAAACCAAGGUUUGGAUUAACAUGAGAUUGUAAGAGGAGCCCUGCUGGAUUGGACUAAAGGCCAGUUUACCACAGCAACCUGUUCUCAUGGUGGCCAACCAGAUGCCUGUGGAAAGCCCACAAACAGUUCCUCAAUGCAAAAGCACUCUCCCUCUCAUGUCCCCAGCAAGUUGUAUCCAUACUACCUUUAAUAAUGGAGGCAACAUAGCCAUUAUGAUGACAACUUUAUCCUCCAUGAAUUGGUAUUAUUAUCUUUUAAAUACAUUUAAGCCAGUGACAUUAUUACAUCUUGUGAUUGUGAAUUCCAUAGUUUAACUGUGCACUGUGUGUUCUAUCUUUUGUCUAUCUUGAUUCUUCCAAAAUUCAUUCUUGUUGAAUGACGCCUGGUUCUGGUACUAUAAGAGAGGGAGAAAAAUCCUCUUUCUCUACACCACACAUAAUUUUGUUCACCUCUAUCAUGUCCCCCAUUACAUACCUUUUUUCUAAACUUAAAAACAUCAACCAAUGCAAUCUUUCCUCCUAUGGAGUUGCUCCAGCCCGUUGAUCAAUUUGCUUGACCUUGCCUGAACCUUUUCUAGCUCUGCAAUCUCCCUUUUAAGGUGUGGUGACCAGAAAUGUGCACUGUAGUUCAAAGGUGGUCCCUCCAUAGAUUUGUAUAAUAGCAUUUUGAUAUUGGCAGAUUUACUUUCAAUCCAUUUCCUAAUGAUCCUUGACACGGAAUCGGCCUUUUUCAUAGCUGCUGCACCCUGGGUCAACCUUUUCAUCAAGUUAUCCACCAUAAGUCCAAGAUUUCUUUCCUGGUCAAUCACCACCAAUUCAGUUCACAAUGGCAUAUAUAUGAAGGUAGGACUUUUUGCCCCAAUGUUCAUCACUUUGCACCAGCUUACACUGAGCUGCAUUGGUCAUUUAAAUGUCCAUUCACCCCGUUUGGAGAAAACCAUUCUUGAGCUCCUCAUAAUGCCAUUUUUAAAACUACCCUGAAUAAUUGAGCUUCAGUGCUAAACCUUGCCAUCUCACUGCUCACAUUAAUGCCAGAACAUUUAUGAAUGAGUUAAAGAGCACAGGUUCCAAUUCAGCUCCUGUGGGACUCCAUCCCACCAUUAUGAGAAUUGUCCAUUUCUUCCUGUUCUUUACCAGUUACUGAUCCUUAAGAGGAUCUAUCUGUGAUUGCCAAACUUAAUUGGGAGUCUUUGGUAAGGAAGAUCACCAAACAUUUUUGAAAGUCUAAGUGUACAAUGGCUACUCCCCACCCCAGCCCAUCCACAUGCUUAUUCUCAAUGAACUCUAACAGGUGACAUAGACAGGACUUACCUUUGCAGAGGGGAUGCGGGUGGCACUGUGGGUUAAACCACAGAGCCUAGGACUUGCUGAUCAGAAGGUCGGCAGUUCGAAUCCCCGUGACAGGGUGAGCUCCUGUUGCUCGGUCCCUGCUCCUGCCAACCUAGCAGUUCGAAAGCACGUCAAAGUGCAAGUAGAUAAAUAGGUACCGCUCCGGAGGGAAGGUAAACGGCGUUUCCGUGCCCUGCUCUGGUUUGCCAGAAGCGGCUUAGUCAUGCUGGCCAAAUGACCCGGAUGCUGUACACCGGCUCCCUUAGCCAAUAAAGCGAGAUGAGUGCCGCAACCCCAGAGUCAGUCAUGACUGGACCUAAUGGUCAGGGGUCCCUUUACCUUUACUUUACCUUUGCAGAAACCAUGCUGAUAUUCUCAGUUGCCUAGCUGCUAUAUAAAAUUUGAGACUUACAAAACUAAACGCUGCCCUCUGUACAUCCUGGGAGUGGGACAUGUUUGCAAUUCUCCAGUAUUGCAUUCCAUUCCAAAGAUUUUCAUAUUUUGUACUGAGAGUCCAAAAUACUGAAAGUCCUUGGUCUAAAAUCCUCAUAUACUGCCUGGGUUUUAGCCUUACUCACGUCUAGAAUAUUUUAGUUGAGUUGUCAAAUACUGUAGACUACUAUCUCUCCCAAUGUUUUCUGUCUGCAGAGCUUUGUAUGCCUGAACAGAGACGUCAAGCAUUUUGAGAACCACUGCUUCUCUCUUUCCCAUGCAUGCAGAGGUUGGUAAAAAUAAGGAUUUUGCUGCCACCAAGUGAGAGAGAGGAAAGGGGCUACUGGAUGGAUAUCAUACUAAAUUUCUGAGGGCCUGGCAAGUUGCUAUGGCACAAUGGUUCUCUGACUUCAGCAAACCUCUUCUACACUGUGAAGGUUUAGCAGCCCAUUCUCACUUACCUGAAAGCAAGCCCCACUGAACCUAUUAGUAGAUGUGUUUAAGAUGGCACUUUAAUUCCAAAAUUUUUGAAUUCUUAGCACCCACAACUCAGCUUACAGGCUUCAUUUGUUUCAAGGAAGCCAUUGUACAACAAAAUAGGUAUAAAUUUGAAGUGAAGACACAUUUUCAUUCUCUGUCUCCCAGACUCUCCAAGUCCCUGUUUUCCAGGGACGUCCCUGAUUUACAGAAGCUGUCCCAGUUUCUAAUUUGAUCCUGGAAUGUCCCACUUUUCCUUAGGAUGUCCCACUUUUCAUUGGAGAAAUGUUGGAGGGUAUGGAGUUAUCCGACCCCCAAACCAUCUGAAGGCAAUCCUGUUUGGGGAAGUUUUAUUUAAUGGUUAAUGAUUAAUUGUGUCUUUAUAUAUGUUGGAAGCUGCCCAGAGUGGCUGGGGCAACCCAGCAAGAUGCUUGGGGUAUAAAUAGUAAAAUUAUCAUUAUUCUCCUAUUUUCAUCGGCAAAAUGUUGGAGGGUAUGGUCUCCUUCUGCCCUGCUCUUUCUACUUAAAAAAGAAAAAUAGAGAGAAAGAGAUAAUAAAUGCUAUGGUGCUCCUGGGGUGCCUCAUCUGAGGUCAAGCUGCAACCUACUUGUGGGUCCUGAUUCAUAGUUGAAGAAGACAAUUGUUCUAGUACACACCUUCAGUUCAUAUGGGGCAAAGGCGAGGCCUGUUUCAGUUUCCCAAGAUUUAAGGCAGGGGACAUGACUGAAGGUACCAGGGAUGGAAUCUGGGGCCUUCUGCUUGUCAGGUGUGCCAACUCUAUUUGAUUUUUGUUUGAAGGGGCCCUGUGUAGUGCGCAUUGCAGCUUUAGCACCCAGCUCUACUAGAGUGCUGGGCCUCCUCUAGAGGAUGUGAUGUCACACACAUGCGGCAGGGUCCCCUCAGUCACAGGGGCAACUUGGUGCCUAUGGUCACAGCCCUUCUUAUGAGACUGUACCACACAGGUCUCACAGAAGGGAAGCUGGAUAGCAAGGGGUAGACAAACUAUCUUUAGAAAAGGUUGUGUUCCUAACCACUUCCUCACCAAUGUAACCCUGAGAAGCUUCCAAGGAACCUCCCAGUUCUCCAGCAGAGUCUGAAAAAAGGACCUGCUGCGGUGUAUAUAUCUCUCUCUCACUCUGUGAGAACUUAGGAAAAAAUGAUUUGCGUACCUGUUCCCACACAUAGUCAUCCACAUGUCUAUCGGCAUGGUUAGUAUUUCGAAAAGGAGAAAGGAAAAGUUGCUCAAUAGUGCAUCUAUCAAUAUGAAUAGCCUUAGCAAGCAAUUGCAAAAUUCAUUCCAGUAAUUUAUCUGCCUGCAUCAAUGACCAUUGACUGCUUGAAAAUCAAGAUCAAUAUUAAUGAUAGAUUUUCAGUGCCAUUCCUAUGAACAUAUAUUAAUAAGCACAGCACAGAAAUGAUUCUUGACCCUGUGGCAUAAAGGACAGAUACUCAAUAGCCUCGUGUCCUUGCCCAGAAUGAACCCUGUACUUGGAUUAUGCUAAUUAAAAACUAAAUAAACUGCUGAGGUUUUGUAUAAUUAAGAGAUGGAACAAGGCAAUAAACAGCUUGCGGGUGAUUUAGAGUUGGAGCCUUUUGAUAACGGCAACAAAUUGUUUCAGCCAACCUAAACUUCCUCUCUGUGCAUUAUUUAUUUCACUGAUCUGGAAGACAAGGGAAUACAUUGCAACAAGGGUGGUUUGAAAGUGAUGUGCAUAGACCUGGGAGACAAAAGCAUUACUGGGGUAUAAGCAAGUAUUGACAUGGCAGAAAUGAGAGAAAGGUGGGCUCUCAAUAGGCCCCAUUAAGUAACUGGGAAAUCACCCGGGUUCAAGAGAGGAAGAGAGCAUGAUCAGAAGAACGCAGAAGAAAUCUGAGAAUUUGGAAAAAUUACCUUCCCCAUUAGGAAAGGUUCGAUUAACAAAAGUGUGCUAUUGACAAAAUUCAAGGCUGUGCUAAUGGGGUCAGUUCCCCAGAUCCUACUUGGAUUCUUCUCCCCAUUCCUAGCAUCUUUUUCCUUGCCUCGGUGCAAAUACUUUUACUCUAUUACAGAGAUUCCCAAACUGUGGCCCACAGGAGGACUCUGCAAGCUUCAUACGGAUGGUUCAGGGUCGGUCUGUAGAUUUGUGGUUGAAAACAUCCAUCAGAUUAAAUGUUCCUAUUGGUUUUUAAUUGUAUUUUUAUGGCCGAUGUUGUUUCUUCUAUUAUUUCAUUACAAUUUGAAUUUGAUGGCAUUGGAACACAAUACAGUGGUACCUGGGGUUACAUACGCUUCAGGUUACAGACUCUGCUAACCCAGAAAUAUUACCUCGGGUUAAGAACUUUGCUUCAGGAUGAGAACAGAAAUCGCAUGGUGGCAGCAGGAGGCCCCAUUAGCUAAAGUGAUGCUUCAGGUUAAGAACAGUUUCAGGUUAAGAACAGACCUCCAGAACAAAUUAAGUUCUUAACCCGUUGUACCACUGUACAGUAUUAUAAGAAAUAAAAGAAACGAUUAAAAAGAAACGAUGGUUACCACGGGCACAUAAAUUGUUAAGCGACCUGCCAAGAUCCUCAGCAGUCCUCAAGUGGUCCAUGG